AGCGCUUGCUGGUGGAAACGCCAGGUCUCGCUUGCUCGCACUCGCCGCCCCUUUCUUUCCUUCGGUACUGCAGUUCGGUACAUGUACUUUGUUCGUGGUACUCGAGGUCAGUGUUCCUCUGUUCGAUCUCCCUCGUCGUAAUCCGACCUCACGAUGUUGGAAACUCGACACUCGCCGAGUAGCAAACAAUGGAGGAGAUGCUAGGCGAACUCUCCUCUCGGGUCUUCUAUAUCCCAGUCUCAGUGCCGCUGUGAUAGUGCGUUUGUGGAGAAGCUGCAAUCCUCUCCCGUUGGUGAUAUUUUACAAAGAAAAGUGAUUAUUGAGAAUCAUGUAUGCGUAUCCGUCGACGGCGAGUGGGGCACCCGUGCAUUACCCGUAUGGGAGUGGGAUGGGGGGCCCGGGGAACCCCUAUCUCAGCCCUGCCCCCCAUCAAAUGCCCGGUGUGCCCUCCAUGCCCUCCUUGGCCACCUCCCCGGUCAUGCCGAACGUCCCCAUCCCACCUCUGUCUCCCAAGAGGCGAAGAUUGGAAGAGGAAGAUAGCGGAGGGAAGUACGGCCGCGUGGACGAGGAGUCUAUGCAGGACAAGGAGCGGUUCGCCAGGGAGAAUCACUGCGAGAUCGAGCGGCGGAGGAGGAACAAGAUGACCGCGUAUAUCACGGAACUGAGCGACAUGGUCCCCACGUGCUCCGCGCUCGCUCGCAAACCGGACAAGCUCACCAUCCUUCGCAUGGCUGUCGCCCACAUGAAGGCUCUUCGGGGUACGGGGAAUACGAGCUCAGACGGGACGUACAAGCCAUCGUUCCUCACGGAUCAGGAGUUGAAGCACUUGAUCUUGGAGGCGGCGGAUGGGUUUCUCUUCGUCGUCGGAUGCGACUCCGGGCGGGUCAUCUACAUCUCCGACUCGGUCACUCCCGUUCUCUAUCAUUCCCAGAAUGAGAUGUUUGGGGCUUCCAUCUUCGACUACCUGCACCCGGAGGACCUGGAGAAGGUGCGGGAGCAGCUGUCCACCCAGGAACCUCAGAAUUCAGGUCGGAUUCUCGACCUCAAGACCGGAACCGUGAAGAAGGAGGGACAUCAGUCAUCCAUGAGGUUGUGCAUGGGAUCCCGUCGAGGCUUCAUCUGUCGAAUGCGGUUGGGGAAUGUGACAACAGAUGCGAUGGGCUCCCAUGCUUAUCGCAUGAGGCACCGCAAUGCACUUGGCCCUUCGCCGGAUGGCCACGCCUAUGCUGUCAUCCACUGCACUGGAUAUAUCAAGAAUUGGCCUCCUACAGAGCGCUGGGAUCCUGUAGGAUUGGGCAUGGACCGUGGUGGUGGAGAUGAUGAUCCAUCAGCGCCAUCCCACUGCUGCCUGGUUGCCAUUGGUCGCCUUCAAGUCCCCUCCACCCCUAACACCUCUGAUCUUAUUGGAUCUUCAUCCAACAAUGAGUUCAUCAGCCGACAUGGGAUGGAUGGAAAGUACUCGUUUGUGGACCAGCGUGUGAUCCAUCUACUCGGUUAUGCUCCUCAGGAGCUCCUGGGAAAGUCCUGCUUUGAUUUCAUCCAUCCUGAAGACCAAGGUCAUAUGAAGGACAGCUUUGAUCAAGUGGUGAAGUUGAAGGGGCAGGUGAUGACAGUGAUGUAUCGAUUCCGGAGCAAGACUCGAGAUUGGUUGUGGCUCAGAACGUCUGCCUUUGCCUUUCUUAACCCUUACACAGAUGAUAUAGAGUAUAUUGUCUGCACCAACACCACAGCCAAAAGCAGCCUCCAUGGGGGUGGUGACGAGACAGGCGGGGAUGGCUCAGUUGCAUCUGUCUAUGGCCAGAGUCAACCAGGGAUUGACUAUAGUCUCCAUCGUACUCCCUCCACUUCUACCUCCCAUAUCAUCUCCUCUCAUAUGCAACAAGGUCUUCCUCACUCCACCUCCUCCUGUUUGGAUAUUGGUGGGGGUGGAGUUGGUCGACCUAACAGUGCCCAGCCAGUGUAUAGCAGCUAUGAGGGUGCUGGAGGAGGGAGUGCAGGAACCCAUUCUCCCUUGGGUUACAGUCCUGCAGGGACAUCCGGUCGCUCCGCUCUCGGCAAGGCAGCUACCCCACCCACGCCUGGGAGCAAUCCUGGCUCUUCCUGGUCCACUGCUCAUCUCAGACAGGGAGGAAGCGAUGCAGGUGGAAGUGGUACAUAUGCAGGGUAUUCAGGUGGAGGUGGUGGUGGAGCUGGGAGUCCAUCUCGCUCUCCCACUUACACCCAGCUCAGUUCCUCACCCACACCCCGGGGGACCAGUGGACCUCCUGUUCCUGGUUAUAUGACACCCAACCCUGGUGCACCUGGCACUCCAGGGAAUCCAAACCCUCAGCAGACUGGUCUGGUUCUCAUCCUCCUUUCUGCCAAGUGGGCCAAUUAUAAGCAGGUGCUCAAUCUUGGAUUCUGGAGUCCAUUCUUCUUUUUACUGAAGAUGAAGGAGAUUGUCAUUCAAGGAGCAUUGUAA